GCUGCUCCCUGGCCCCGCCCGGGAGCCGGCGGGAGGCGGGGCUGCCCCCUUCCUCCCACACUGGCGCGGGGCUGAGCCCGGAGCGGAGAAGCGGAGUCGGCUCUGAGCUCCCAGCUGGGUUUUGGGUGGCGGCAGGCGGAGGAGGAAUAUGGCGCUCGUAGGCAACCGAGCCGAGCUGGAAGCGGACGAGGACAUUUUUGAAGAUGCCUUGGACACCAUCUCUGCGCCUUUUCGCACAGAUAUGGCAACAAGCAGACCUCACUUGGCAUCACUGGACACAAAACAGGCCUCUGGACAGCACCGACCAUCCAAAGUGAGCAGGUCAUCAUCAACCAAGAUGGAUCUCAAGAAUGGCCUGGAAGAAUGUGAAGUGGCACUGAAAUUAUUUCUGAAUAACAAAUUUAAAGAUGCCUUAGAAUUGCUUCAACCAUGGGCUAAGGACAGCAUGUACCAUGCCUUGGGCUACAGUACCAUUGUGGUAUUGCAGGCCAUCAUGACCUUCGAGCAACAGGACAUCCAAAAUGGCAUUUCUGCCAUGAGGGACGCCUUGCAAACCUGCCAAAAAUAUAGGAAAAAAAGCACGGUUGUAGAAUCUUUCUCAAGUCUUCUUUCUAGAGGAUCAUUGGAACAGAUGACCGAAGAGGAAAUGCAUGCCGAAAUCUGUUAUGCCGAGUGUCUCCUACAGAAAGCAGCACUCACCUUUGUGCAGGAUGAAAAUAUGAUCAAUUUCAUCAAAGGUGGACUCAAAAUUAGGACGAGUUACCAUAUAUAUAAAGAAUGUCUUUCUAUCCUGCAUAUACUUCAGAAGAACAAAGUUGAGCAACAGUUCUUCCAUGAGUUUGAAGGGGGUGUCAAACUUGGAAUAGGGGCCUUUAAUUUGAUGCUGUCCCUCUUACCAGCACGGAUUAUCAGACUACUAGAAUUCAUAGGAUUUUCUGGAAAUAGGGAACUGGGCCUCCUGCAGCUACAGGAAGGCGCAUCCGGAAGAAGCAUGAGGUCUCCACUCUGCUGCUUGACUAUUCUGUCUUUCCAUACUUACAUCUCCCUAAUACUUGGGACAGGAGAGGUGAAUCUUGUGGAAGCAGAGAAUCUCCUGGCACCUUUCCUGAAGCAGUUUCCAAAUGGCUCACUCAUGCUGUUCUAUCACGCCCGAAUAGAGCUGCUGAAAGGGAACGUAGAAGAGGCACAAGAGAUAUUUCGAAAAUGCAUUUCAGUUCAAGAAGAAUGGAAACAGUUUCACCAUCUCUGUUAUUGGGAGCUGAUGUGGAUUAAUAUAUUCCAACAAAACUGGAUGAAGGCGUAUUACUAUUCAGACCUGCUUUGCAAAGAGAGUAAAUGGUCCAAGGCAACGUAUGUGUACUUGAAAGCUGCGAUUUUGAGUAUGCUUCCUGAGGAGGAAGUAGAAGCAACUAAAGAGAAUGUGGUAACUUUAUUCAGACAGGUGGACAGCUUGAAGCAGAGAAUUGCCGGGAAGUCCAUCCCUACAGAGAAGUUUGCCGUGAGGAAGUCUCGCCGUUACUCCGCCUCGUUGCCUGCACCUGUGAAGCUCGUCUUGCCUGCCCUGGAAAUGAUGUACAUCUGGAAUGGUUUUCCAAUAGUGAGCAAAAGAGAAGACCUCUCCGAAAAUCUGUUGUUAACUAUUGAAAAGGCUGAGACAACUUUACAAAAUCAAAACUGCAGCGACUACCUGGUGGACGACGAGUGCCUGCUGAAGCUGCUGAAGGGGUGCUGCCUGAAGAACUUGCAGCGGCCCCUGCAGGCGGAACUGUGCUUCUCUCACGUUAUCCAAAGUGAAAAGCUGCUGAAGUUCGACCACUACCUGGUGCCAUUUACUCUGUUUGAGUUGGCGUUUUUGUACAAAAGCCAAGGGGACAUCGACAAGGCCUUUAAGGCCCUGGAAACUGCAAGAAACAACUACAAAGAUUACUCCAUGGAGUCUAGACUGCACUUCAGAAUUCAGGCAGCUCUUCAACUCUGGAGAAAGCCUUCCGCACACUGAUCAGAGCCUGGAAGAUGGAUGGAUUGCCCCUCCGUUAACCCACAUCUGCUAUAGAUUAGCCCUUGUAUCAAAGUGGAAAAGUGAUCUUGUGAAUGAGAGAAAAAAAUAAUUUUAUUGUCAAUAUUUUCUAUCAUGUCUGUGGUUUACUGUUCUACGUGAAUGUUUCCCCUCCUACUCCCCCCCCCUCCAUGGAAUAAUGUUCAGUACUAUCUAGGAAAUUCUUAUAUUUUGCCUCUUCAAAAAGAAUUUCAUAUUAGGUUUCAAUUGGAGAGGGGAAGUCUUUUAAAGGACUCACAGGUACAAUAAAGUCUAAUCAGAUUAUUUAUUUUUUUUUAAUAUGGAAAUUAAUAUUGUUUAAGUAGCAAAUGGCUUACAAGUUGAGCCAUUUUUAGAUUUGUUGGUCAGUUAAACUUCAGAGUUAUUUUGUUGCCUAGAAUUUAAAUUUCAGAGGGGAAAUAAAAUAACUUACAUUUGAAAUAGCUUAAUAACCUCCUGAAGAAUCCUGAAAAAGAGAGGCAGUGGUGUGAACAGGGAUGGGAUCAUAUAGUUAAAAGGUUGAAAAGACCUGUAUCUAGCAGAGAUGGUGAAAUAUUGUUAGUGUCUUUUUUUAUUCAUCAUGUAAAUUAAAUGUGGUGGCAUUUUUGAGAGACUAUCCUGUUUUUGAAUGUACUUACGUCUAUUAUAAUAACAAAAAUUUAAAAAAUGUGUAUCUAAAGGGAAGAAAAAGUUAUAUUUUAGACAAUAUCCUUAGCAAUGAUAGCCUGAAAUAUAUAUAUACAUUGAUUAUUUUUCUUAUAUGAAGCAAAGUUCCUGCUGCUUUAAACGAUAUGUAAAAUAGUAAUAAUUUUUACAUUCAUGAUGUUGGUGAGUAAGAUCUAAUUUUCUAAUCUCUCUAGCACUGUGACGGUUCCUUGUAAAUAUCUGGACUGUGUUUAGUCCUUUCAUUUUGGAAAUGCAAUCGGGACAUUGAGUGGGAGAGAGUCUGAUUCCAUGCGGUCCUGGCUCUGCUACUGGUUAGCAGUUACCAGAGUGACCUUGAUGGAGCCCCCGCUCUCUAUAAAAUGGAAAAAGAACAGAUGAUUAUCAAGGUCUCCUUCAGUUUUAGAACUGUCAGUAUUUUAGGUAUUUAUUUUCAGCAAACAAAGUUAAAAUGUUUGAUCCGAGUCACUCCCACUUAGAGUAUGUUUUUAUUUUGCAGUCAUCAACCCCCAGCCCCCAAAUAUGUAUGUUUUGUGAAUAAGGACCAGCUUGUAUUCUGAGCGAGGAAAACAGUCUGGGAAUCCAUGAGUCAGGGUUUUGUCCUAUUCCUGCCUCUGUUUUGAAGACUAACUUGCCAUGGAAGCCUAUGCAGUUUCACAGGAACCCCCUAAGAUUGGGAGCCAGGAGCUCAUCUCCAUUAGUUGGUAGUUCCUCACCCUGCAGCAAGCCAUUCACCUCUUCUGGGGCUCAGUUUCCCUAAUGGGGAUAGCCUCACGGAGCGUGGUGCCUGUGAGGGCUCAGUCAGAUAAUGCAGAGUCAUAUGCGUGGCUUUGUGCGAACUGGGAAAGGCCAUAUGAACAUGCGUUGUAAUGAUCAUGGUUUUUAUGCACCAAUUAUACUAUCAGUACAGAGGUAUUGGCUGAGUCUGUGUUCUCUGAUGUAAAAGGAGAAAAGCAUGGAAAUUCUAUCACCUGUCAAUGUAUUCACGUAUUUGACACUGACAGUGGCCCAGAUUACAAAUUUAUUUCUUGCUACUUAUUCCCUGUGACAUGAGCCUGUCCUUGCAGGUGUUUGCUUUGUUUUCUUUAAGGUAUUUUUCCAAUACUGAGAAUGUAUUCCCAACGGAAGAUGUUAAUACAGUUCGAGUCAGAUGGUCUGGUGGAAGAUCUGAAUAUGCGCUAUUAAAUGCAUUAUGUAACUGAUUGCAGGUCCAGACAAAAGAGGAAAUAAAAUAAACUGUCUUGACAACUAGUA